GGGAACUCUGGCAUGAGGUUCAUCGAGCUGUCCCAAGCUCGAGCACACACCUCUCGGGCUCGAAGCAGACUGCUAACUUGCACGGCCAACUCGUAGUGCACCCAGCACCACAUUUUGCCGUACUUGCUUGGCCUCUCGUGGUAAAUGAUGUGAGCGAGUUGCCACGUUGCGCCAUCGUCCAGCGUCACCUCUACUCGAAUCACUCGUCGACCCCCACCUGAAUACGCGUACCCCUUAAUCGUGUACGUUUCAAUGUCAUUAACCGUGUCGUCUUCACUGAGAGCCAACAAGUCGUCAUGGUUUGGUUUUAUGAUCGCGGCGUUGACAUUGAGCUCCAUGAUCGCGUACGGCGACUUUGACCACCAACCUUCCGCCGUUGCAGUCUCAGCAGUGACGUGCGACGGCAGCACUCGGUUGUCCAUAAUGUGGUGGUGGUUGGUGGACUCUUGGUCGCUCACAUGGAUCCGUGCGAGCCACUUGACCAUGCGACCGCCGAUGUGACCCGGGAUAAUGAGGCGUAUUGGAAAACCGUGAUCGGGGGUGAGCAGCUCGCCGUUGGCUUUCCACGCCACCAGCACGUCGCACGCCGGGUCCAGUGCUGUACUGGCGCGAAUGCACGUGCCGUAUUUGUCGUGCGGUAAGUCUUCGAUGCCCUCAAACCAUACCCACUGUGCCUUCUCGCGGUCGACGCCACAAGCAGUCAGCAGUACGUGAAGCGGGACACCGGUCCACUCGGCCGUAGAGCACCCGGCAGCGCCCCAACUGAAGCCGAUGGUCUUCUUGAUCAUAUUUUGUUCCUUGCGGCGAUUACCGGCGCAUACCAGCAGCACCGGAAACGUCACGGUCUCCUUUACGAAGGUGGUAACCAGUUCGUCCAUACCGAAUGUGCGCGGCUUGUUCACCAGUCCGUCGAUUGAGAACGUGUGCGUGUUCCAAUCGAGUCGCGGCACAGGACCGUGGUUGCGAACGUAGUGCAAGGCCAUGGGUGUGAUGAAGGUGCUCGUGUAUUUGAGCGGGGGUUCGCUGUUGAACGGGUGUCGUCCCGUGAGCCGGAUCAGCUCCGGGUGUCGAGGUACCCACUCGUCCGGUGUGCCGACAUCUCUUGGAUCAAUCUGCGCCAUGGUCUCACUUACGCGGAGAAUUGCAAUGUGAGCACUCCAUGGAGAAGCACAUUUGUGCCCAAGCAGUUAGGAUGACUCACCCGCUCGCAUUGUGUCUUUCACCAAUGCAACCGCAUGUUCCGGUUUCGCUGUGCGUUUUUAUUGGACCACGUCGCCGCCGCGGCAUGUCUUGAUUUUGGGAUGACUCAAAUCCUUGUAAAGAUGGGCUGCGCUCGAGCGUGAACAAGAGCGGUUGGAUCGAUCGGAUGACGGCGGGAAGUGGGGCCGUUGGGAUGUUGCCGGCUAAAGCACCAACAUCGGCGUCGAUCUCGAAGAGAUUGCGCUAGCCGCUCCCCCGCCACCGGAAGCCAACGUAGAUCUCAAGCGCGUCAUGACCGCGAGAGGCCAAUCAGUCCAUCGUUCGCGAUGCUCACGCACGGCUAGUCACAGUUCCUCCAGGCGCCUGUCGUUUUAGGAUCUCACCCCCGGAAUCGAUUGAGAUGCACCGGCCUCCAGUAACGAGUCGUGCACUGAACACGCAUAAUCGCUAGAAACUUCAAAUUCACGACCCAGUGGAUAUUAAGGCUGACUCACGAAGGUGAUCAAUCUGGAGCAUGACCAAGUGCGCGUGAUCUCCCCUCUGUGCGUGACGCAGCGAGUGUCGGUACAACAACGGUUCAUAAGGGUAAGCUUUUAAACUCCGUCUGUUGUCGAUGUGCGACCACGCUCCGGCCGUUUGAACGAGCAACGCUGUUGUCUUUUACGGAUGACUCAUAUCAACAUCGUUCCGCUAGCUCGACCCAACCUCACUUCUCGAUUUGCCACGCGCGGCACAACCACCACCAACCAUGCAAUCCCCAGACCAGUACGUCGGGUUGGUCUCACCUUCACUACACGCGGACGCCGGCGUCCGCCAGCGUCGCACCGACUUUCCAAUCCGAACGGACCCGUUGCAGAAUGACAAGGCUUCGGAGAUCAAGCUGCUCAGUGUGGCACGUCCUCACAUGAGAGCCUUCCACUACGCGUGGCUGUCUUUCUUCUUCGCUUUCUUCGGCUGGUUUUCCAUCCCUCCUCUGAUGCCCACUAUCAAGAAACAACUCGGUUUAACUGCUGACCAAGUUUCCAAUUCCAACAUCGUGUCCGUGGCAAGCACCAUUCUCGGACGUGCUGUCGGUGGUCCGAUGUGCGAUCGCUAUGGCUCCAGGACGGUACAGGCCGUGCUAUUGGUUGUCGGUGCGAUCCCCGUGGCCUCAGCCUCACUCGUGACGAGCUACACGGGGCUCAUGUUCGCUCGGUUCUUCAUUGGUCUCGUCGGUUGCUCCUUCAUUGCAACGACAUAUUGGACCUCCACCAUGUUUACUAAAGAAGUCGUGGGUAGCGCCAACGCCCUCGCUGCUGGAUGGGGGAACCUCGGUGCCGGUGCUACCACCCUGAUCACACCUCAGCUUUUCAAUCUUGUCACCACUGGCGGAGCUCUGUCCGACAACAUGGGCUGGCGCGUAGCUCUCCUCUUCCCAGCACUUUUCAUGGUCAUCGUCGGUGUCGCUCUCUACUUUAAUUCAGAUGACUGUCCGCAAGGACAAUACAAGGACCUCCGCAAAAACUCCACUCUUAGCACUGCAGCGACGAAACCUGCCGUCGACAUGAAGCAGAGUCUACUGCAUGUCGCCAAGAUGCCGGUCACCUGGAUCCUGGCUUUCCAUUAUGCGUGCUCCUUCGGUGUUGAACUCCAGGUACACAACGUACUCACUGAAUACUACUACGAGGACUUCACCUACCCAAACUGCGACCCUGAGACUGACGCGAACGAGUGUCGACGUCUGACUCAAAGUCGAGCCACGCUCAUCUCGUCGCUCUUUGGCUUGAUGUGCAUAUUCGCACGCGCAUUAGGCGGGUACCUCUCGGACGUGGCAAACCGCCGCUGCGGAAUGAAAGGCCGGAUUGGAGUGCAGUUUAUCUCCUUUGCCGGCCAGGCUGUCUUCCUGUACGUGUACAGCACGACGAAGAAUCUGUCGACCAGUAUUCCUCUCUUGGUCUUCUUCGGCAUCUUCGUGCAGGCCUGCACCGGCAGCACAUACGGCAUCGUGCCGUAUGUUCUACCAGCCUUCACGGGCGCCACAUCUGGCUUUGUCGGGGCUGGAGGCAACGUUGGAGCUCUGUGCUGGAGUCUGAUGUUCAAGGGGAUCGGCAACCGCGCGACGUCCUUCAAGUAUUUGAGCAUUUUCGUAGCCGCAGCAGCAUUAACUACUUUCGGUAUCAAGGUGCCUGGCAACGCAGCUCUCUGGGAGAAAGAUGACUCGGUCCACGGCGGCCUCGCACCAACGGAGGUGGACGAUGACAGCGUCCACAACAACAAGCAAGCAGUGUAAGGAUCACGAGUUGAAGUUGUCCUUUUCGCACCAUCUGAUUGGCUUAUCGAAUUAAAGCAUUUAUUUUCUCAGUUAUACAAUAUUUGUCAGCAAUUGUAAAUGUUUUCAACAAUGACG